AUGGACUACCCAGAGGGCAACCCCGUCACUCUGAUCCUCCAGCCCGGGGAGCAGGUGGAGAAGACCUUCUUGGUCGUGAAGGAGCGGCCUUGGACCUAUAGCUGGAGCUGGAGCAGCCGCUCCCACUUCACCGGCGUUGAGGAUGAUUUGUCCAACGCAUUCUCGGACCCCGAGUUCGGGCCGAACGAGGAGAGCAUCGGGAAGUCCAGCACCAAGUUCAAGUGCAGCUCCAAGUGUGAGAUGUGGGUCCGCGCCCGGAUGCUCGGGGACCCCUCGGAGGCGAUGCUCUUUGACCAGGUGAGGCCCCAGGACAUCCACCAGGGCUCUGUGGGCGACUGCUGGCUGAUGAGCGCUUUGAGCUGUUUGGCCGGGCACCCUAAGAAGCUCAAGAGCUUGUUCGAGUCCAAGCAGAUCACUGAAGACGGGAAGUACAAGAUCUAUCUCUUCGAUGUGGUAGAGCUGAAGUGGACCCCCGUCAUCAUCGAUGAGUUCCUGCCGUGCAAGACUUGGAACGGCUGCCCGAAGCCAAUUUUCGCGGAGCCGUUGGGGGAGGAGAUCUGGGUGGCGUUGCUGGAGAAGGCCUUCGCCAAGUUCUGCGGGUCCUACGGCAACCUCUCCGGGGGCGGCUGCGCGUGGGCCUUUCAGGUCCUCACCGGAGAGCACAAAGUCAUCUCCUACGCCAGGGAGAAGGAUGGCAACUGGCGCCUGCGCCGCAUCAAUCGCAAGCGCCAGAUGGCGAAGGCGCGCAGCCCUCGCAAUGCGCCCUGGACCUGGAAUAGGAGCACGCCUAAACUGGACAAGGAACAGCUCUUCACUACGCUCCAGACCCACAUCGCUGACCAGCACGUGCUUGCGUGCAGCUGCAGCGGCAAGUCGUCUGGGGCGGAGCAGGCUCUGGCCAACGGCCUCUACACCUUUCACGUCUACUCCCUGCUGAAGGUCUUGUCGGAAACCUGCGACGAUGGCACUCCCGUGAGGCUGGUUCAGCUGCGCAACCCUUGGGGGCACAAGGAGUGGACGGGCGAGUGGGCGGACCAGCCGGGCAAAGACGGCUCUGAAGGGAUGAAGAAGUGGGAGGAGAAUCCGGAGCUGAAGCAGCGCCUGAAUCCCGGCAACCGCAACGACGGCAGCUUCUUCAUGCCCUUCGACGCCUGGUCCGAGAUCUACACCCAUGUCUCCCUUUGCCCCGUGGGAAAGGCGCCCAUUCCCGAGGAAGAAGAGGCAGCGGAGGAGGAGGUGGUGUCCGACGCAGGCAGCUCUGAUCAGGAGGCCUUCCUGUCUGAGUCUGAGGCCGAGGACGGGCCAGCGCCAAUGCCGCUGUGA